GCGCAGUGCGGGGGAGAGUUUGGACAGUGGGGCUUGGGUGGCGUAAAGUGUCGGACGAGCAGGCUGACGCUUUUCGGUCCUCCAAAGUUCCCAGACAUUAAUAGGACAUCAUCUUCCCUCUGCCGGACCAGAUUGUGAUAGUGACAUUGCAUUCUUCAACCUCAAGAUGCCGGUUCCCGUUCGCGGUAAGCAUCCUUCAAUGCUGCAUACUCCCUUAUAUCAUCAUCGAGUCGAGGGCCGACGACAAAGCCUGAGAGGCUUUACUGAGGAUGUAAGGUUAUCUGGCUGAGACUAACAAUGGUGUCUCCCUCAGCAGGUAUCAUAUUAACAGUCUCUGUACUGGUGGCGGCAAGUCUCGCCGCAUACGAAAACCCUCACGUGCGAGCAUGGAUCGAUCGGACGAGGCAGAAGAUUGCCAUGAGCCUUCAUUCCCUUGGUGAUGAAAUAGACCCACCACGGCCGACUCGCCAGAAAUCAAAUGAUGCCUCAAUGCAUGCAGAAAAAGGUGAAGAAGCAGAAGAACGAAGGCGGCAAGCGAUUGCGGAGAUCAUGGAGCGGGGCCGAGUGAUGGAAGAAAGAAGGAAGACACGAAAGUCUUCAGAUAAUGAGAAAUCAAGAAGUCCGAGUUUCGACAACUUGGUAGACGAUAACGGUGCCUUGCGGUCGCCAACCGGUACGGAAUCUUCGACUGCAGCACAAGCGUCCGGUGUUGAUCGAUCGAACGAAAAUAUCAAGCAGCGUGGCAUCCAUUCUGUGGCACAAGACGUCCACCAAACUGUCGACGAGGUCAUUCCUUCGCGUGAUUUGACGUCAAGUCAAGACGACAACGUUUGGGAAUCACGUUACGAACAAGAGAUGCGUGAAGCGUGGAAUAUUCCACUAUCCGACAGACGAAUCGAACUUCCCUCGAGUCAUGCCUCAGAAAGUCUUAUCGACCUGACCCCAACCACGGAAAAUGCUCCUGAUCCGGAGAUCUCGAUCCCAUCUGCAGAGUAUCUGCAUCGACUUGAGCCGUCAGACUAUUUCUCAGCGGCGGCCUCAAACUCGACUCACACUCUUUCAGAUGGGUCAAGUGUGCAUCUCCUCCCACCAACAACAGCAGUCCACCCUUCCUCGCACAGACCGAACUCGGCUUCUCUCGCACCAUCCGUUGAUGGGAGUAUAAGCAGUAUUCAUGCAAGCGAGCUGGACGACAACUCGGAUGAUAUGCUCAGCGAGAUGGGAGAUGGCAUUCGUACACCUGCAAGUGUUUGGACUGAUGUGGGAUCAACGGUUAGUGGCGAACAUCACCUGUAGAUGAAGAUGCUGUAACGAUGGAGUGUGGUGUUUGAUAGCGUUUGGAUGGUAUGGAGUUGGUCGGUAUGGUCUGGAAACUGAUCAUGCAUAGAUGCUUGAUAGCAUGUAAGUUCUUCAUGGUUACAAUCUGUCCUGCAUCUACUUUCUGCAUGUUGCCGUCGGUCACAAAGGCAUGCAAGUCCAUUGUGCUCUCGACCACCGGACAAGAAUCUGCUCACCGCCGAUGCAUGCUGCCGUCCUUCGGGGUUGAGAUGUCGCUGCCCAGUGUUUAGUGGUCCUCGUUCGCACCUGCCUCUACUGCUGCAAUUGUCGACCUUCUGUGUGGGUCAACCUCGAUUUCCAUUCACUGGCUCAGGUGUCUCACAG